UUAAAAAAAGGAAAUAAUAUAUAUCUUUUUUAUUAUAAUAUUAAACCGAAACGAUUAAAUAAUAAGUUAAAUUAUAAAAAACUUAAACCUUUUAAAAUUAUUAAAAAAGUUUUAUUAAUUAAUUUUAAAUAA